AUGUACCGCCCGGGUUUCCGCGCUCCCACGCCUCCUUACGCGGGCGGCGGCGGCGGCGGCGCCUUCCGGAGCCCCCCGUCCGGCGGGGGGCCCAUGCCGCCCUCCCCGCGGGGCUACGGCAGCCCCCACCACACGCCGCCCUACGGGCCCCGGCCCGGCCCGUACGGCGGCGGCCUCUCCCCCCGCGGGCCCGGCUUCCAGGGGCGCUUCGGGAGCCCCUCGCCGGGGGCGCAGACCCCGCGCAGGUCGCAGGGCGGCAGCCCCCGGUACCCGGCCCCCUACGGCGGCGCGUCCCCGGCCGGGGCGCCCCCCCACUUGCCGCCGCAGCACAAGCGCUCGCCCGGGGGCUUCCAGAGGCACUUCCAGGGAUCACCCAGGACAUCUACUCCAUUUGGUACAGCGCAUGGCAGAGAGAAAAGAGUGUCUAAUGAUGUGGAAAACUAUUACAGACCUUCAAUGCUUGAGGACCCAUGGGCUGGCCUAGAGCCAGUUUCUGUUACAGACAUAAACCAGCAAUACAGCAGUGAGCAAACAACAUGUACUGCUAAAAAAGGGAGGUAUUUCAGCUAACACUUUUUAAAGGCCAAAUAACUCCAUCUUGUCAGGAAAACUUUGGGACAAAAUCUUAACACUUACACCAGAUGAACAGGAAUCAAGACCUUAGAUAAUGCUUUUAUUUGAUCACACGCCCGCCCUUUUAUCCUACUCUUUUUUUAUUGCAUUGGGUAUUUUUAUGUAUGGGACGGAAAAGGAGUGGUAGGAAACCUUAAAUUUCUGGCUAUGUGGAAGUGCCUACCAGCUUUGAAGAACAAAGUGUUCUUUAAUCACCAGCGACUGAUUUGUGACUGUUAAAACAGGUUUCCAUAUACUUACCUCUUCCAUGCCAGAUUGUUAGCCUUUUAUUGUAAAGUACUUUAGGAAGUGGUAUUUUUUUAUGUUUCAGCAUUUUUAGAAUGAAGUAACUUGGAAAAAAAAAAAAAAAAAAACAAACAGUUUUGUAAAUCCUUGUUUUGUAAUGUGUAAAGAAUAUUUUAGGACUCUUGUUAAGGUGUACACAUUAACACAAAUAGUACUGUUGAAAUUAGGUGACCUCUGUAAAUGUGCUUGUAUGCUGUAGUUAACCUGUGGUUUUGUGCAUAGUGAUUUUUGUUAAUUGCAGUGUAACAUGAAGUUGAAAUGUGACUUUUAGCCAUCUCAGGAAACAAAUGUAUUGUUUUUGGAAAGUUUAAUUUGUUGAACCAGCUCUUGAGUCGCAAACUUAAUUCUGUAAUCAUUUGCUUUUGUGUUUAAAAAAAUAUAUUUGAAUCAAUAUUAGAUAUUUUUGGAUUAUUAACAAGUCUGUUCAGUGGCAAUUUAAGUCUAAGGAGUACAUAAAACAUCAAGAUAAUAUAACUGGAAAUGUUCUCUGUGGGUCCACCUGUUAGAAUAGCAUAGAACGAAUGACAGUUUUGGUUAUACAGUUGACAUUAGUACGUGCACAGCGUUUUUUGGGGUUUUUUUUUGAAUCCGUAGAAUAUUUUCCAAUUAUUUUUUAUUUUUACUUGUGGCAGGAAUCAUUGCCAGGAGAACUGUUUUGUGUGUGUGCGUGCUAUAUUUUUAUACUGAAGAGGAAAACAAGGAGUUGGUUUUUUAGAGCUUGUCUUUACAUGGAAAAUGCUUCCCAUG